UGUAUCAAUCGUCUGUCAUGCCAUGCUUGUUGAUAUGUUAGAUGUUUACAUAAAAUUGAAUGAACGAAUUGGUUUAACGAGGGAAUGUGAAUGUCAUUGAUUGAUUCUAGAACAAAUGUGAGUAAAAUGUUCCAGAUAAUCAAAGGAUGUCUGGAGAAGAGUACACAGAAAUGGGAUGCUUGUGUUGAAAAAUCCCUAACAGAGAACGUUGAUAUUGUCUGUGAGAGCCUACAGAAUUGGGAAGAAAAUGCAGAAGAACUCGGAAGUUUACAGGAAAUGUUGUAUGUCCUCUAUACAGCAGCCUCAAAUGCAGAUGUGGCCAAAAAAUUCAUCGAAGUUGGAAUAAGCCUGAUGAUUGAAAAGAUUUUUGAUGAAGCUCUUAGAAAUCACCAAAAGGGAAAAAAUGAGUGGGAAGUAAUCGAGGAACAAAUUCUGGAUGUUGUCAAUGCAUUAGCAGAGGGUUUGUCUGAGGAUAGAGAAAGUUUUCUUUUGACAUUCUGUCCAAAAUGUUUGGAAUUGAUCUUGAAGAAACAAGAAAACUAUCUUCAUGGAAUAGAGGUUCUUAAAGGUUGCAAUAUGGUAAUGGAAAACUGUACUCUGGCAACAAAGGAAAAGAUACUGAAGAGAACAGAUAUUCCUGGCAAAUUGAGAAGUGUUGCAGCUAAGUUAGAGAUUUUGGGAGAUUAUGAAUGUCAAGUUGGAAUAAUAGAGUGUCUCUUUCGAAUUAUCCCAAGGAAGCAAAGAAUGUAUUUUGCUGAACAAUUCUUCAGGGAUGGAAAAAUUCUACAACAAUUCAUGCUUAUUAAGGAUGCCAACUUUGAGACCGACUGCAGAAUCUUCUUGAAUGAGUUCAAUGCUUCCUUGAACCAAAAGUUAGUGUAUUCCAUUCCAUGUGCUUGGGCUGUUUUAGGAGACAAAAAGCUUGUCAAGCCAAAUGAUGAUGAUUAUGAUCACUUCUGGGUAGAUUUUAAUACAGGAACAAAGAGAAUAACCGUAUUUUGUGAACAGAUAAAUGAUUCAGUGAAAGAGAGUGAAUUUUGGGAAACCAUUUCUAUCAGGAAUGAAGAUGUAAAGGAAGUAAAAAUUCAGAAGAAAAAUGGAAGUGUGAAUCUUGAAAUCAUAUUUGAAAAACCAAUUGGAAUACUGUUUCCAAGUCAAUCAUCUGUAAAAGGUCAACAUAUGCAGAUACAUUUUCCCACAGAUGCAGAUGUUGAGUUUGUAGUAGAGAAGACACUUCCAGAUUGUUGUAAUAUCAUUGAGAGCUCACAGAAAGCAUCUACAGUGGAGUUUCCUGUAAAGAUACAGAGAGAUUUCUUCUGUGAAGUGCCAAAGCCUGCUGCUGAGAGAAAUGCUCGAAAAGCCUCUAGUCCCUGUACACCCUUGCACCUAAUUCAAAAUAACAGGAAGAUAGAAAACACAGAAACUGAACAACACAUGGCAACUGAACUGAACAAAGAAAGAAAGAAAGACGAUGACAAGGAUUUAUUGCAAAACAGAAGGAGGAAAGUCCAGGAAGAUGAAGUUUCUCUGUCAUCAAAGGCAUCCAAUGCUGCAUCUCCACUGAAAAUCUCUUCAGCCACUUUCUAUUCAAGUGUGGUGGGCAGAAAUGAACAUAAAGUUUCCACCCCAAGGACACCAGGUUGCAGAAAGAAAAAGAAAGUGAAAACACCUGUUGUAACUGUCACGCCACCAGUUAAAAAGUUCAGAUGUAAUGCACAGAAAGUGCAGAAAAAUAGAGCAGAGAAUGAGGAAAAUAAAAAAGAGGAAAGCAGCCAACCUAAUGUUAAACAACCAAGUUUUAAAGGUGAUGCUUUUACUAUGGUAGAAAAAGUAACAGCAGCUAAGAAUGUUUUAGCAUCAAAGAGUUUACCUGAAAAGAAGACUGAAAGAACUGAAUCAGACAUGGAAGAUAUUAACUUUGAUGAUGGUGAUGCUGUUGAAAACUUUGGAAAUCAAGACAGUGCACAGCUAGAUUUUGUUGAGGAGUCAAUUGAUGCACAAGCUCCUCUAGUUCAGAAAAAGGCAUUAAAAAUGAAAUUAAAGGAAGCAAAAAAAUCAAAUUUGAAGUCCAAAUGUGAGGAAGUUGUGAAUGACAAGGAAUCAUUAGAUACAAGAACAAAGUCCGACUUGACCAAAGAGUUCAAAAAUAUCAUAUCAACAUUUGCUAGAAAAGAUGAAAAAAUUUCUGAAACAGAAGAUUUGAAAAGUAACAGGCCAUCAAAGUUAUCCCCAAAUAUUGUGAGGCCCAACAAAAAUAACACAACAGAGAAUGUGGAAAAUACUACAUCAUCUAAUGAUGAAAGACAACAAAUAUUGACAUCUAGAAACAAUACAUCAAACAGUGUUGAAGUGAAAAUAGGGCUCACAGAACAAAUGGAUGAAAGUGAAACUGACUCACAAACUGAUAGCGUCUGUCUUGUGACAAAUGCAGGUAUCAGUGUACAAUCUGAUGCUGAAGAAACAAGGAAUAUUAAUAGUCAACAGGAGACUGCAAAAAACACAGAUGGUAAAAUCAAAGAGAACAAAAUAUUUAAAGCAAACACAGAAAAUAAAGUAUCAAAUGGUACUGCAAGAAGCAAGAAGAAUCCUGAGAAAAGACAAGGUAGAAAGAGAAAACCUGCAAAGAACUACAGUAACUACAGUAAGCAACAAAAUUUAUCACCAGUUGUGGAGAUUGAGAGACUGGAUUAUGGUAAAUUCAAGAAUGUUUAUAAUGAUAAAGAAUUAAAAACUGACAAAGUGCAUGCCUCAGAAAAAUCUGGUCAAACAGGAAAACAUCGUGGCAGACCAAAGAAGGCAGCAGCAUUAGAUAAGAAAACAUUGAAAAGGCCCUCAACAGGAAGUCUGUUUUCCUUAUCAGAAAAAACUCAAAGCUAUUUAGAGCAUGGAAACAAAAGAGAUGCAGUAUUUCAUUGGAAGGACAGUGAUGAAGAAGGUGACUCCUGCAGUACUAAAACAACUCUUAGACCAUCUUCUCAAGCAGAUCAAGAUACCCAAGAAAAGAGUACAGAAAGUGAAAUAGAUGUCAUUCAAGAGAGUCAGGACAUUGCUAAGAAUGCCUAUGAAUGUGCAAGUAACAAAAGUCUGAAUACAGACCUUAGCUUCAAAGAGAGUCCUUGGUACAAAUGUAUGCCAGAGCACUCCAAAUACAACACUAAAUGGUUUAAAACAUACGGGAAAGUUAGAAAUCAUCAAAGAGAGAGAAUGAGAGGUAUUCAAUGUGUAGGAAGCAGUGGAGAUAGUCCUGCUGUUCAAAAAUUCUCUCAAAGUGUUACCAAGACAUUGUCAGUGCAGAUGACUUAUUCUUCACAAUGUGUUUCGUCUCCCAGAGGAGAUGCUGAUAUUGAUCCUUAUAUCUUUGAUGAUAAUUGUUCUGAAUACAGCAACAAUAUGAUAUCAUCUAAAGAAAAACUUACUAAACAGAAGUCAGCAAAGAGAGGAGGAAGAAAAAAUUCCAGUGAUUUGGUACAUCAUGAUAAAGAAAGCAGUAGUUGGAAACGGAGCAGAUCAAAAAAAGUACAAGAUGACCAUGAGAGAAAAGAAUGGAAUCUUGAAAGUUGUAAUAAAGUUUCAAACAAGAAAGGGGACGUAUGCAACUAUGAAACAAGGAUGGGAAGUAGUCUUACCAAGUAUUGGUACUGCAACCCAAAAAAUUCUGUUUCUGUAUAUCAGAUGGAAAAUGUUUGCCAAGCGAGUAGGGAAAAUUUGCCUCCAAAGUCAAAAAAAUCAAAGAGAACAGAGAGACAAACAUGCAGACAAAUUAAGUCUGAUGAUGAGAAUAAUUAUGCAAUCAUUUGUCUAUCAAGUCCAGAGGAAGAGUGUGAUGAUGGUUCCAUGUCCAGUCAUAUGUCGGAAUCUCAAAAUUUCUCUACCUCAAAUGCAAAGUCAUGGAAACCAACAAAUUCUUACUCAUUUGGAAAAGAGACUACUUGUAAUGGUAUUAAAGAUGUUAGUGAGAGUAGUGCUGAUUCAAGUCCAGUACCUAGAAAAAAACACAAAAAGAGGUCAAAGGUUUUGCAGCCUCUGGAUUCUAGUCCUACCAAAACACCAAAUCCUCAACCAAAAACUCCAGAAUCUAUUCUAUCGAAGUUCAGAAAAAAUUGUCAGAAAUUGGUUGAAGAAUCAAUUUGCUCUGAGGAAAAUGUCAUUUCAAGUUUGCAGACCCCUCUUCUACCUAUCAGUCCAUACAUUGAAAGGCAUGGACAAAAUGAGGAAUGUGAAAAUAGAGAAGAUCAGGCCACUUCAUCACAAAAAUCUGAGACUUCUCAAGAAAGCCAAGAGUCCAUUGAAAGUGGCUGGAACCCCUUGAAGAGAAAAUAUGCAAUAUCCUUUUAUGCUUUUGAACUACAAAGUGUGUUACAUUUACAGGAAAAGGAGAAAAAUUUAAUCACAGAAGAGGAACAAGUAAGGGAAAAUACUUGUCAAGCUAACUGGUUGAGAGGGAUUCAGACAACACAACAAUACAAAAGAGGUGAUGAUGAGAAAGAAAAUAUGUCUAUUUCUGUUAGUACUGCUUCAUCUCAAGAGAUAGAGAGUGUAGUUUCAGAGAAAAUCAGUUCAUUUGGAAUUGAAAUACAGAACCAAAUGCAGGCAAAGAAGAAACAACUUGAAAACAUUGCAAGGGAUGUUCUAAGAUCACUGAUAAAGACUUGUUUGAAGUCCCAUACACAACUGAAGGAAAAUAGAACUAAAUAUAUUGAAGAAUUUCAACUCCGGAUAUCAGAAGAGUUAAAAUCUCUAGAGAAGGAUGUGAUAAGUCUCAAAAAGACAGAGGAUGAAUGCCUGGUGUAUUUUGAAGAAAAACUUAAAGAGAUACAAAGACAUACCAAUAGUCAAGAAACAAGCAUACAAAAUAUGGUAGCUGCAAAGGAAAUUUUUGUGAAACAAAUGCACCAUAGUGAAGAGUGUGCUGAUAAAUCUCAGUUUAAAGUCAAGAAUUCCAUUAAAAAAGAGCUGAAUACAUUGAAGACCAAAUUGAUAUCCAAAAAUCAACAAGAAGAAUUGGAUAACAUAAAGCACUGUCUUCAGAGGUCCCUUCUACUGGAUUCUUAGCAAGUGAUCCACACACACACACACACACA